AUGGAGGGAACUGAACGACCGGCGGCGGUAGCGGCGGUGGAGACCGACACGUGGCUUAGGAAGCACCGCCUUAUCUACCUCGGAGCAACCCGACACCCUUUCACUCUAAGCAUUCGCGACGGCACCGUUGACCCAUCUUCCUUCAAGCGCUGGCUCGGACAAGAUUACAUAUUUGUCCGAGCAUUCGUCCCGUUUGUUGCAAGUGUAUUGCUGAAAGCGUGGAAGGAAUCAGAUGAUAAAGCAGAUAUUGAUCUGAUUCUGGGUGGGAUGGCUGCUUUGAACGAUGAAAUUUCAUGGUUCAAAACGGAAGCUUCCAAGUGGAGUAUUGCUUUGGAAAGUGUCGUGCCUCAACAGGUUAAUCUCGAUUACUGCAGAUUCUUGGAGAGCUUCAUGGGCCCAGACGUUGACUACACCCAGGCCAUAACGGCAUUCUGGGCAAUCGAAACCGUUUAUCAAGACAGCUUUGCUCACUGCUUGGAGGAGGGCUCCAGAACUCCCGACGAACUAAAAGAAACUUGCCAGAGAUGGGGAAAUGACGGUUUUGGUCAGUAUUGUCGUGCCCUUAAAAGCAUAGCUGACCGUCGAUUGGCGAAGGCUUCUGAUGACGUGGCAGCCAAAGCCGAGUUGAACUUGAUAAGGAUACUCGAACACGAAGUUGAAUUUUGGAACAUGAGUCGCGGGGCAGUCAGUUUGACCGGGUCGUAA